AGUAAAAUCUAGAUGGCAAUGGAAUUAUUUUUUUGAUCCUUAAUUUCGUGCUUUGUUAAUAAUAUUGGGUUUUUAUAAUGAGAUUAUCAAAAUUGUUUUUGAGUGUAAAAUUUAUUCGACGAGUCACCUGCAGUAGGACAACAGUGAGAUGGGCGAGUGGGACAACAGCCGCUGAACACGCGCAGACUUGCGGCUCUGACACAGUAAAGGUCAAAGAAGUUAAAUCCAACGAAAAUGAGAAGAAAGGCGUGGUUGUUGGCGUGUUCGACAAUGGCAAGGAGCUAGAGCUGACCUGCGCCGGUCGGGAGAUAGAUCAGAACAGCGGCGGCAAGCUUACACGACAGCUUAACGAACUGUCAUGUCAGCUGCGGCUGGGGCACGCACUGGUGAUAUGA